AUGUCCGCUUUCUCAAGAGGGUGCUUUUUGAGGCGCCAAUGUGCGAUUGGAGCAAGAGCAUUUCAAGCAGCUCCCCGUACCAGCUGUCAACCUCGAUUCUUCUCCUAUGCGCCUAUCCUCCGCGCAGCAAAAGUCCCCAAACGCGCUGUUCCUAAUGGCAAGCCCUCAUAUGCGCCUGCAAAUGCUACAGCAACUACCCCCCCACAAACUCGAGUCUACCAAUCCUAUGCCAACACCCUCGCCCAAAAACUCCACCCAACGCUCCUCUACCAAGCUCCUUCGUCAACCAUGUUCAUGGUAACCUCCUACGGUGUGGCAUCUAUUCUCAUGGCCUGUGGCGGCUACGCAAUCUUCGCCUAUAACGAACCACGAGAAGAUCUAUCAAUAUGGGUACAAUACGCGUUUGCAGUAGUAGGCCUCACGACGGGUGGAAUGGCGAGCUAUUUUAUUCUUGGACCUUCCAUGAUGAUUAAGUCGAUUUCUGCGAUACCGAGAAACGUUGCGCGUACUCUAGUAACACCAGCCGCAGGUGGUUUUAUUCCAGAAUUGCAACUCGAAGUGGAGGUCAAGAGGAUGCUACCUUUCUUGCCUGCCAAGAAGAUCUACGUUCAGCCUCAAGAAUUGGUCCUUCCAAUUCCAUUGGGACCUACGGCUGCGCAGCGUCUUACUCCGGCUGAAAUCAGACAAAUGGCGGCAGAGAAGAAAGUACAGAGAGAGCAGGAUUUGGAGUACCAGAAAAACCACUUAAUGACCUUGCCGUUCAGACAGUUGAACAAAGCAUUCGUCAGCCUUUUCCAAAAUACGAGGAGGGCUCUUGUGAAGGAGGGAUUUCUGAAAGUCCAAGUGAAGCAUUCGACAUACAAGCUUGAUAUUACGGGUGGAUGGGCACUCGAUAAUGGAAAAGCAUUGGACCGAUUGGUGGGGCUGAAGAAAUAG